UUGGUAGCCUACAGUUUAAGAAAUAACAAACAAGACUUGCUUAAAGCUAGUUGUUACUUGUUAAACAAUAAUGAUGAGUGAAAAACAAAGAAUUAGAAACAAUAAAUAACAAAAAAAGAAGAGAAAUGGCAAAAAGACAGCUGCAAGCAACAAAAUGAGUGAAAAAAUCAAAACAGUUACAAUACAACAAAACUAAUCUAUAUAGGCCUAAAGCGUUACAAUGAAUAUCAAUAAUAAAUUUGAUUUGAUCGGUAUCUAUUACUAUUAUUAUUCGAAAAAGCGCCGAUGAAAAGAGAAGAGCCGCUAACUUCACUUCACGACGAUGACAAGGCCCAAAAGAAAAUCUCAUGAAAUGAUAACCCUUCAGAGGAAACGCAAGAGAAAACAACUGAAGGAGGAGGCAAAUACAAAGAACGGAAGAGAAUUGGGGGUCAAUCAAUAUGAUGAGAUUGGAGAAUCAAGUUCAACAAUUUACAAUAAACUAAUCAAUAAUUCAGAGGAUAAUAUGUAUGAACAAGUAAAAAGACUAACAAAUGUUAGUAAACAAACUGAACGUGUCAGAAGAUACAGACAAAACAUGUCAGAAGAGAAGAAAGAAGAAUUGAGAGCUAUUGCUCGAAGAAAACUAGCUCUAAAAAGAGCAAAUAUGUCUGAGGAAGAGAAGGCAACAAUCCGAGCUGAAAACAGAUUACGGAAUUCUCUGAAAAGGUAUGAACAAAUACAAAGAUUAACAGUUGCUAAAAGACACACUGAAUAUGUAAGAAGAUAUAGACAAAACUUGUCAGAAGAAAAGAAAGAAGAAUUGAGAGCUAUUGCUCGAAGGAAAAUUGCAUUAAAGAGAAAAAGUAUGUCGGAAGAAAAGAAGGCAGCAAUGCGAGAAGAAAAUAGAUUACGAAAAUCUCUGAAAAGAAAAAACAUGUCUGAGGAAGAAAAAGCAGCUGAGAGAGAGUAUCAUAGGCAGAGAAUGGCAAUGAAAAGAGAGAACAUGACUGAUGAGGAAAAACAGGCAUUUCGAGAAGACCAGCGGAAGAGAAUGGCCCUCAAGAGGCAAAAUAUGUCUGAGGAAGAGAAGCUUUUAAGGAGAGAAAUUGAUCGCCAUAGAAUGGCCAUGAAAAGGAAGGUGUUUAAAGAUGAGACAGAAGGCUUCCAGACUUCAGUGGUGAGAUUUAGACGUGAGAGGCAGAGAUUCCCUCCUAAAUCAGUGGACUUGGAAGAUUCUUCUGAUGACAAUGGGACGAGUGAAGACAUUCAAAGGUUUCUUGCCAUAACAUUGAAAACUGAACUACAUAGUGCCAACAGUACUUCCUCCUAAGUCAUGGAUUACGUGUGUUAUUUUGAUGGUUCGUCUCUUGUAUGAGUAAGAUAAAUUUACAGUUUUAUAUAAGCUUUGUUUACAAAAGACAGUUAAUGUGUUUUAAGUUACCCGAGAUAACCAGUCUGCUUGCUGGCCUUGUUUAAACACGGCUUCAGGAUCAAAUGUUUUGAAAUAUACAGUAUUAUAAACUGUACGCUAUGUAAUAUUGUUGAUGGUCACUAAGUUACAUAAUAUUGCAUUAAAUUAUCCGUUAUAGAUUUAGCAUUUAAGCUGGAAAACAUUGUUCAAGGGGUUUCUGUCUGGUGCGUGUGGAGAGUUGAUGUUUGUUACUUAUUUUCUGUUUAACCGACUUAAAUUUUUGUAAGUUAUUUAUUAUGCUCGGAUAGUAGACCUAUAAUUUGAGGACUAAGCUCACAACGUAAAAUAUACCUUUAAACUGGAGAAAAUAAUUGAGUCAACCUCAGUGUGCUGUUGUGAAACACAAUAAUUUAUAUUGCAGACUAUACAAUUGGGUAAGAAGUGUAUGUAACAUCUAAAACCAAUGCUUGGAUUUACAAUGGUAAUAUCCAAUAUAAGUAUUUUCUCAAACACUUUAAACAUUGAUCUUAAACUAUAGUAGCCUGUUUUAAACUAAACUUGUUAACAAAGACUCUCAAAAUUAUGUUAACGCUAAAUUACCUUUCGGUUUAUUUACUUACUGCCUUGGCAUCUUGUACCCAAGCUGGUACUUGCCUCGCCAACACGUCGCCAGUUCUCUCGGUCCUCCGAAUCUUCCUCUAUUAGUCUCAUUUUUUCAAUAUCUUUCCGGACUUGAUCCCACCACCUAGCCUUUUGUCUUCUUACUGGUCUCAUUCCCCUCGGAUCUCCUCUUAGUACCUUCUUCAACAAGCUCUCCUCAUUUCUCCUCAAUAUAGGGUGGACCCACCUCAACCUUCUGCUUUUGGCCUCUCCUACAAUAUCGGGGUCUCGUGAUGAUUCUCUAAACUCUUUUUGGCUUAUACAAAAAAGAUCUGUGAAAAAUCCCAGCAAUUUAAAUUACACAAUUUUGGAGUAAUUGAUUCAAGCACACAGUAAGAACAAUAAAUAUAAUUAAAGGCAUCUAUUGACGCCUUAUAUGUCGCCUAUCCAUUGUAGAUGUUUUCUGAACCGACCGUGUCCAGUAAUCAGUUCCACUGUUGGUCUAAUUCUUCGCCUAUCCAGCCCUAGAAUGCCCGUUUUGAAUGUGUGCAAAGACCUUAGAAGGGGCUGCUUCAGCCAUGGCAAGGGAGAUGCCUUAGAAAGGUGGUGGACCCAACAAAGAUGCUGCCGAAGCAAAAUUGCCAGUCUCAAUUCCUGAAUGUCCACUCAAAGAAGCAGAUCAUUCCUCCAACCCAAUACUGACACGGAGGCAAGACAUUCCCGCACGAGUGAGUAAGAUUCAUUUGAGUUUGAGAGCUGUCAAAGUUGCACUUUUAGUAUAAAUACAAAUUCUGUUGUCUCUGAUCUCCUAACGAGAUUUUCUGGAGCACAAACCAAAAUAGUAGUGUCUUCCUCUUGGAUAACUAUUGGGUGUACUCCCAUAGGAUGCCAGCUCCUUCGGGUAUAUAACCACGCCUGCACCAGGACCUCCCAAUCUUACCAGUCCUUAUAGUUCUUAUACGGAUGAGCCUCUUUCCACCAAGCCAUUCUUCCCUAGUUAGUAUGCAUACUUAAAAUGUUAUGCCAUAGAAGUAUUUUUUUAUAAUUAAAUAAGUUAAUAGAAUACUCAGCAAACACAAAAUCCCAAUUUCAUUCUUGAUGUGUUUUGAGUAACUUAAACAACCUUAGUAACUUAACCUUUGGAUUAGUUUUUCAUUUCAAAAUAUUUAUUACAAAUUUUAGCAUAAGUUAACAAAUGACUGGUUUUGUACAUUCCAGUUCCAGUACAAAUAAUAAGUGUAUAGUUGUAUUAACUAAUAAGUCUGCAAAACUUGUAUUCAAUUGUUGCCAAGUUAGGUUUACUGAGUUGGAGAGUCAAUGUAGGAUUUAAGUUACCCACCUAAAAAAGGAAUAUGAUUACGUUGUUUUUAUAUUUAUGGCUUUUGUAUUGUUAAUUAUUAUGGUAUUUUGUUACUUUUUAUUGUUAUUUGCUGUUAGCUGAGACUGAUUUAUUAUGCCAUUGACGAAGUUUACAUUUAUUUGAAACUUGAAGCCCCCCAUACAUUAGACGAUUUGGUCAUACUGUUGAUGGGAGAUUAGAUCUUCAGCAACCUUAUUGCCUAAAUAUCGCCCAAUGUGAGUGUUUUGAUCGGAUUGCCAGCGAUUUUGUCAUCCCCACCUGAUUGCUCGAUUUUCCCUGGCAGUGAUUUGGAGAUCCUCGGACGACUAGAUUGCCAAGUUUGUGGGGCAGAACAAUUGAGGAAUAUUCUCCCGGCGAAUUUGCACUGAUUUCUGAUUGAUGUGUCAUGUGAGUUUUAGGUUUUGCAGAACUUUCACAAUGACAUCACAAGCUGCUGAAAUUAUUGUUCCUAAACUGUGUGAAGAAAUUUCAGCAGAACACUUUAAAUCUUCAAAUCUCCUGCCCGCAGCUAUAACGUAGCUACAAUGCAUUCUUCUGCGCUGAUUGUCUGCACUACUCAAGUGACUUCCAUAAAAAGGCUCUACUAAACACAGGAGGUGACGUAAAUGAUUUUCAGAUAUUCCAAGGUAGUUUUUGUAAUGGUCUGGAUUUUCCUUACUUAAUGACCUUAAAAGGGAUACGUCACUAGACCCCAACUACACACCCUUUCUUAAACCACUAAUUUUGAGUCUAUUCUCAAAAUACUUUUUGUGCCAAACCCUUUGUUCUUUUAAUUUCCACAACAAUGAACAAACACUAUUACAGCUACAGCAGCUUACCUCUUCAUGCUCCGUUCUCACACUGAUCAAUUUAAAUUGCCACAUCGCAUUGCCUGACUGAUAGCUUAAGCUUGGGUAAAAAAUGUGUUUCCAACGACGAUAUGAUUGCCGGCAAUCUAAUCGCCCAUCGACAGGUGACCAAAUUGCCUUAUGUAUGAGGGCUUUAUACAGAUGUUCAAGUUUGUUGUGUAUUAAUGUUAUGUGUAUAUGCAAUUAGAUUGUGUUUUUAUGAUCAGUGUUACCAUAUUAACAAUAAGUAGAUCUACUUAGUUUUUUGCCAUACUAUUUAUUAUAAUUUCUGUUACAAAGGUG